UGUGCCUAAAUAAGAAAGCUUCCCGGACUUGCCUCAACGUCUAAGCCCAGCAGUCACCUUCUGUGUUCCUUUUUCCUCUCCCAGCCAGGAUAAGAUGAAGCUCUCUUCGGUCCUCGUCGCCGCUGCUCUGGCUGCCUUUGCGCCCUUGGCGACCGUGGCCCAGACGCAGACGCCCACCUUUUUGUCCAACAGCGGCCUCGUCGUGGCCCCAGCGGCCAAUUCGACGCUCAAGACGGACGGCAGCGUCCUUGAAAUCGAGUACAACGGCAUUGCCGCCGAGGGCUUUGAAUCGACCCGCCUGGAGAUGUACCUCCUCACCGUCGCCAACGGCUACGCUCCCGCUGGCUUUGGCUCUGGCAUCGUAGGCUACGAGCGCUUCGGUACUCUGGCACCCCUGGCCAAUCUUCCGCCCAACGGGUACCAGAACGACUCAACGGAGGCGAUGCGUGCCAGCCACACGCCCAAUGCCUACCGCUACAACAUUACGCUUCCCAAGAAUACACAGGCAGGCCAGAUCCCUGCCAACCUGACCUUCCUCGAGUUCUACCACUCGCCCGACGAUCAGGGCAUGGUGUGGGUCUCGCUCAACUACCAUCCUGUCAACAUUGAUGCUUCUGCAUGAUUCCACUCCUCCUCUUCAUCCUUUUUUAUCCAUCCUCGAUUAAAAUGCCAUUAUCCUCAAGCG